CCAUCACAACACAAAUCUAGACAAAAACAAGGAAGUGAACGGUCACGUAACUCUGAACUGUAAUCUCAAUUUUUAGUAUUCAAACGGUCCUUAUAUAAAAUACUUUUAACUUCAGAAUAAUUGUAUUCGACGCAUUAAACUACACACUAAUUCAGGACAAUGAACAACAAAGGUUCCUAUCCCCAGCAAGCUGUGUACCCUCAGCAGAGUAGUGCACCCAUCUACCCACCUGCUAUGCAAGUGUCUCCCCAGGCACCACCUUAUUCAGACGCCCCACCUGCAUACUCUGAGAUCUAUCAGCCCAGGUAUGUGCACCCAUCUCAGGCUGGCCAGCUACAGCAAAUGUCUCAGUACCCUGGCACUCAGAUGUACAUGCAACUGCCACAGUCCAUGGCUGUUGGACCAAUGGGCCACAACGUCCCCAUGGCGUACUACCCCAUGGGAGCCAUGUAUCCCCCUGGCUCCACUGUGCUAUUGGAGGGAGGAUAUGAUGCUGGUGCUCGCUUUGGUCAAAGCAACAGUGCUUCCAUCCCGCCCCCACCUCCUGGCCACAUGCCUAAUGCAGCUCAGCUGGCCGCCAUGCAGGGUGCCAACGUCAUGAUGACACAGCGCAAGAACAACUUCUUUGUGGGUGGCUCCAAUGGCGGGUACACCAUCUGGUAACAGCCAGUGUUUUCCGCAACCUCUCCCCUUACUCCUCUCCCUCAUUCAAAAUGAUGACGCCCUCUCCUGUCCCAUCCACCAACCCCUUUCGGGGAUACUGAUAUCAUCUAACGGAAUGUAAUAUUUUAAAGCCCUGAUAAAAGGUGCAGUACUCCACUUUGGAAGCAAAACAGUUCUAAUUACUGAUUCAUAAUUUGGGCUGCUGAACUGGUUCCCUGACCUUACAAGUAUAGUGCUGCUGUCUUCGGUCAAAACACAUUUCACAUGUUACUGGUUAUAUUAAAUUUUUUAAUGCAUGACAUCAAUCUACACUCUUAACACUGUCACCAUUUUGUACUUGAUAACUAAUGUUCAUGUUUAUAAACACUCGUUGGACUUGGCCUAAUGUCUUCCUCACAGAGUGCUACUGAUCCAAGUAGAGCAUCAUAUAUACUUUAGUUUUCGCCGUUGCAUGGCAUGUAGAAUAGGCCCAGUUGGCCUAUCUAAAAUCAGUUUCUGCGACCACUGGAUGAAUUUCAAUCGGAUCAAAUAGACGCGUGCUGUAGUAUAAUAGAAUACUGGUAUGUUAAACAACAAGAACCCAAACAAGAAUGGAUCACAAAAUGAUUACCAGAUUAUAACAUGCCAUGGUGGUUUACUGUACCUUCUUGGGCAACCGUAGAUGAACAUAAUCGGCGUCCCAAAGAGCACCGUCACUUAAAUAAAAGCAAAUUAACUUAAAAUACUUAUAAUGAAGUUGAGAUUUGGAUCGUCGAAAGGGUUGGUUGGCUUUACAUUUGUGCAGUUAUUGGUUUUAAUUUUUGCCGUUUUAGUUUUUUUCCUCCUAAAUCGGAUACCCAGACUUGUACAUCAUCCCAGUGUUUGGUUUCCUUAAGUAAAAAAAUGACACCCACCUGUUCUUAAACACUUACAAGCACUGUCAUGUAAACGAGAAUCAUCUAAGAUCAGGAGGUUAUUAAGAGUUAAACACUUUACUUUAAUCCUUCAUUAUAAGGACUGUGAGGGUUCAAUUACAAUGUAACCGGUUUGUUUACUUUAAAUAUUUAUCACUUUCGGGCACAUCUUAGUGAUUUGUUUGAAUUAAUUAUUAGUUAAUGUUAGUAUAACCAAUUAGCUGGUUGUACCAAAGAAAUGGUCUAGACUGCACUAGUAAAUGUUUGGUUGUGACUUAUAAUUAUAGUAAUUGAAAUAUGGCACAUUUUGAAAAGCAAACAUCAGAUUUAAGGAUGCAGUGAUGAGUUUGAUGGUGCUUAAAGACCUUCGAUCUGGCAUUGCUGUUGCUGUAUUUUUUAAUGGGGUGCUUAAAUGUUUAAUGUGAAUGUGACUAGGUGGUUCUGCAUGCUUUUUUGCACUUUUGCUCUGUACAAUUUUGAUUUUUGUAAAGAUGUAUCAUUGCUAAUUUUUAUAGAAAUACCACAAGCAUUAAUUUAUGUGCACUGCUGGAAAUAGAUUUUGCUACUUGUUUUUAGUACAAAUGCUAAUAACCUGCAAAUACAGUGCUAUGCAUGUUAUUCUUUCCUGUCCAACUUUUUUAGAAUUCAUUUAAAUGUACUUUCACUCCAAAAGGGGGGUGUUCCUAAAUGUUUUAGGACUGCAGAAAAUCACUUGCUUAUGGUUCCCAAUUUGUUUAAUAUAGUGUUAAGCCACAUUAUUUCUGAACAUUUUCUUAUAAAUAAAAAUAUGCAUUGCAUCAGUGGAGCUUACAACUGUUGACACAGUUUAUUUUCCAAUACACUUGUGCUGCUAAUUAAACUACUGUAUAAACUUUAAUAAAUAUCUAACACUAGGUUUGAUCUAGUUUGUGAGACCAUGUCUGCAUACAAUAAUUUGAUAUUUUGGUUGAAACAUGAUUCCUUGAGGUUUUUAUUUUUCCUCCUGUUCGGAUAUAAAUUAAUGUCACUGGGUAUCUGACAUAAUAGACUAGAUUUGAUAGUUGUAGCCCUCAUGGAAACAGAUGUAGUCUUCACUGAAAUGUGAAUUCCAGGUCACUUUGGUCAGUUGACCAGCUGUCUGGUAAACUGCUAGCCAAGCAUGCGACCUGUUUGCACAUGUAUUAUCAGACUGCAUCUGUUCUUGGUAACACUGAUCACAUGACCAGCCACCAUUCCAAACAUGGUUAUCAUGUUACUCAUAUUUUGCGCAGCUGUAAAUGUGUAUCCCAUUCCCAAAUACACGCUGAUGCUUCAUACCGUUUAAAAACUGUCACCGCUUUCAAAAUGUAAACACAAAAAUAUAUUCCUUCAAAUGC